AAUUAAAGAAAAUGGUUAAAAUCACAUGGAAAAGAAGAUUAUAUUGAUUUCAAAGAUGAUGAAAUUUUACUUUUAAGAAAUUAUUUUAGAUCUUUAGAUAGCGACGGAGGAGGUAGUAUAGGGGUUGAAGAACUUGAAGAUCCACUUAUUGCUCUAGGCUUAGCAUAAAACAGAGAAGAAGUAUAAAAAUUAAUUGAUUAAGUAGAUUAAGAUGGUUCUGGAGAUAUUGAAUUUACUGAGUUCUUAACAAUUAUGAGUAGUGUUUAGAAAAAUGAUAAAAAUAAAAAAAAUGAUGAUUCUGAAAAAAGUGCAAUCUUUGAUUUUUUUAAAAAAAUGAUGACUGGAAAAUUAGAAGAUGAAAUGGAUUAGAAUGUUCCAUUUCGUUUGAAUGUAAGUUAAUAUAGAAGAAAGAAAAUAUUAGAUGCAAUUAUGAGCUCUAAUAAAGAUAAAAAAGAUAAAGGAUAAAAAAUAUUAUAAGUAUUUAUAAAUAUAUGAUUUUAAAUUUAUUCAUAAAAAAAAAAACAUAGGCAUUCAAAAAAUAAUUGAUAUUUAAAAAAUAGCAAGAAAAAAUUGAAAAAGGAGAAGAUCCUAAUGAUAUUUCCAUUGAUUAAAUACCAAAUAAUGAGAAUGGAGUAAAUACAAGAAAUGGUUUUCCUAAAAUGCCAAGAAUUAUACAACCAACAAAUAAGCUCUUAGUCAAACCAAAAGCAAACCCCAUAUAAAAUUAAUUUAAGUAAUGAUCUAUUUAAUUCUUUACAAAUAUAUUUGGCUACA